UGCGCGCUCGAAAGCGACACUUGUAUUCCUGCGCGCGACACGACUGACGCUGUAGUUCCCUAGCAGCCCGGGCGACCUCUAGCGGUCGGCGCCGGAACAACUCAUUUUCACCUGCAUUGCGUCGCAGAAGCGGGAUCGUUGACUUCAAAUGCACACCAGACCUGUGGGUACUCGGGUACAAUGUGAGUUGAGGAUACGACGAGGGACGUCAGACAUGGUUCGCUUUCUUCAGACACUGACUCUCACUUUGCUGCUGUACAGCUUCCCUCCGUCAGGAGCAGACAGGUCGAAGCAAAGUGCUCAGAGGAGACAGUCUGUCCUCUUGCUGUCUCGUCGACGACUUCUGGAGAACUCGACAUCUACUCCGACGAUGGACUGCUCAUCGAUGACAGCAUUUCACUUGUUCGCCACGAGAGGUCUGCAGAUGGUGAAACUACAGAGAGCCCCACCACAGCUGAGUAUGAGGGCAGCAAGACUUUGUGGGAGAAGAUCGAGGAGUUCUACGCCACAACAACAACCUGGCCAUGUACUGUGUCCUGCCCCUCAUGGUCCUUGUUUACGGCGGGUGCAGUGUCAUCUACUGCGUCUACAAGCUUCGGAAAUACAUUCGAAGACGAAAACACAAACGAUUUCAAAAUGAAGACGACAGCGGGUCGUUUACAGGAAACAGCAGCACUAACCUUCUUCAAAAUGGUGAUCACUACAAUGCCAGAGAGAAAGAAGGUGUGAAGACUGUAAGUGGCGGAACAUGGCUGGAUGACUCGUCCUUCUCUGAUGUCAGAUACGAGGAAACUAAGAAGAGCCCGUUGCCAUGGGAUACUCCCCACAAAAUAGCCCCGACUGCAGGGAAACGACCCGAGUCCAGACAGGACCAGAAAAUUGAGAGUUUUAUCCUGAGCGACAGAAAUGACAGAAACUCGGGGACCUUAGAGAGAGAGCGAGAAAAGCUUGACGAGAAAGUCAACAACCAGGAGAAGAAGCAAGAGGACAGGGUGGAAGCUUUCAUGCGAGAAAAGAAGCUGGAGGAAAUAAGAAGCGACCAGAGGCGGGAGGGCAUGGAGCCUGUCAAACCUGUUCACAAAGGCUCAGGACUUCAACCGUCUGGCGGGUAGCCGCCCCAUCGAGAUCGUCCCCAUCACCCAGUCGCAGUACCAGCGGCACAUGGAGUCGCAGGAUUCGAACCUGUGGGACCCUCUCCACAACAAACCUUUCGAUGUACGGGCAGGUUCCGGCGCCGAGCGGCGGGCGGGGCGUGAGUCGGCUUGGUCCAUCCGCGACGAGAUCAUGGCCAAGUACGAUGCUCUGACCGUCCCUGGCCAUGGCCAAGAAGACGGCCGACAUCUUGCGGCUGAACUCGGAUGAACCGGAUGCUGGUCACCGCCCCGACACCUUGCGCCGGAAGCCGCGCAGCAAGUCCAAGCUGUUAUUUAUAGCAGAAUAGGUCGUUGGGUGAUUGUUGUGGGGACGAGGUGGUGGAAAGGUCGAUAUGCGAAAUGCGAUUUUUAUGCUAAACGAGAGAAAUUAUCCAGCAGGAAGCCAAGGAGACAAGUGUGGAACGCAGCGUUUUCAUUAACUUUAUUUAUUUACUGUUUUAGUUGCACGAGUGGACCGAGUUUAAUGCAAAAUAUUUUGCAACAUACCAGUGAGCGAUCCUGUAGCUGACCUUUCGGCAGGUAGGGUGAGGGUAAAGGUCGUCUUCUGACCUUUUUCAGAUUGUUGGGGAGUGAGGUGUUAGAGACUCAGUUUUCUCGGGGUUAGCUUUACGUGAAGGCAGGGCCCAUCUCUCGCUCUCCGCCUUUUCUCCAACCCUCUAUGGAGUCAGGUACCCAUUCCACCCACCCGGUAUGACUAGGGUUAUUUGUUUUUUGUUUUUUUUUUUUUUUUUUUUUUUUUGCUCUACACGGGUAUCGAACCGCCUCUCACUUCGGAUACCAAGCUCUGUCCACUCGGCUAUCCGAUUUCCCAGGAACCAGCGUUUUCUGGGGACUUUGGAAGAUUCUUUUUACAAAUAACUCAAAGAAUGAAGCUUUUGGAGUAGAUAAACGGGAUAUUUUUGGACUUUCGCCAAGGAAGACGGCAGAAAUCGUUUCGCACAUGUUUGAAGUGCCUGUAGAUGAUGACAACUGCCUUGAAAAGCAAGGACAAACUGCUGAAUUUUUAUCUGUCUUGACAUUCCUCCUUAUUGUAUGCCAGGUACUUUUCAUGAUGGCAUCAUUCUUGUUGUCUGUGCUUUUUUGGUACUCGUGCUGUUAAUCUUGAUUGACGUUGGUGUUGUUGAUGUUUUUGUUGUUGCAAUUAUCUAUAUGGCUGCAUAAAUUGAAUUCAUUGUUGACCUUUGGCCUUGAACCGUUUGAGCACUAUUUUCUCACACCAUAAAAUCACGUUUUUCAAAAAAAUUUUUGUGCAGCCUGAGACAAUUUUAUCUGAAGAAAAUGUUUAUCAAGAUUGUUUCCAGGCUUCAGACUGUGUUACUUAAUAGAGAGCUAUGUACUUUUUAUAUUAGACAUGGCUACAUAGUUGAUUGAUUGGAUUCGUAGAAAUUAGGUGUUGAUCUUUAUGAAAACACCUUCACUUCUAGACAUUGUUGGUGGAUUUUGAAGAUCACGAGGUCUGACUGGACAUAUGAUGCACCUUUUUAAUGACAGCAGUUUGGUUUCAUUUUUCUUUUCAGAUAACUUUCACAAGAAAGAAAUUGUCAUUUUCGACUGAACAAUACAUACAAUGGUGUUUGUGAACAUUGUAAAUGUUAAGCAUAUUUUAAUAGACUGAGCUGUUUAUAUAAGGUAUGCAUUAUCUUGAAGACAUACAAUAGACACAGAUUUUACGCAUUUACACCCGGAAGCAUGCCAAAAUUGGUAUUUAAUAAUACUUAACAGCUUUUUACAUACAGUUUGAAAUUCUUUGCAAAGGACAGUGCAAACAAAGCAAGUCAACUAGUGAUGACUUCAUCCGCACCUGCUUCAUAUUGUUCAAUAUGUUCAUUGUCCGUCCAACCAGCCACCCGUCCACACAAAGUAUUACUCCCUUCGUCUUCCCUUCACCUCUUUCCCUUAUUCGAGCGAUAUGUAUAAACAAGCAAGUCCUUGUACUAUUUGAUAGAAAGACAUAUAAACAAGCAAGUUGUUUUAAGAGCAUUUUACAUUG